AUGGGUAACGGUGCCAAGGCUCAGCAGAAGCGCGAGCGCAAUGCUAAGGACAAGAACACUGCCAAGUCGCAGCUCAAGGUGAACGAAAAGGCCUGUGACAUUCAGUGCCAGAUCUGCAAAUCUACCUUUCUCAAGACCACAAAGGCCCCUGCUCUCAAGGAGCAUGCCGAGAACAAGCACAGCAAGACCAUUGCCGACUGCUUCCCCAACGUCCAAGUCGCAUAG